GGUCGUUGCGGUGCUACAUUUGGUACCAAGUGCUGGAGCGACGAAUGUUGUUCCGCUGAAGGAUGGUGCGGGUCUGGAUUCCUGUACUGCUCUGCCCCUGCCUGCCAGUAUGAGUAUGGUCCAGCCUGCGACGCCAACGCGCGCCCUGACGGCGAGGACACAGAGGAGUGGCCUCGCCCUCAAUUUGGCGAGGUGCCCUACGGAAAGGCCAUCUACCACUGCAAGGUCCCUGGGACUGUAGCUCUGACCUUUGACGAUGGCCCGUGGGAGUACACUGAGGAGUUGUUGAAUCUCCUUGAUGUAAGUGACCAUGGCGUCAAGGCUACGUUCUUCGUGACUGGCCGCAACCUUGGCAAGGGGGCCAUCAACGACGAAACCAAGGACUGGCCUCGUCUCAUCCGCCGCAUGAAGGAUGAGGGCCAUCAGAUUGCCAGCCAUACCUGGUCUCACCAGCGUCUGCCUACCCUCACCAAAGCGCGUCUUCGCCAGCAGAUGAUCUUCAACGAGAUUGCCAUUGCCGACAUCAUUGGCGUCUUCCCGACCUACAUGCGCCCUCCCUACUCCGCCAGCAAUGAGGAUGUGAACGAGUGGCUCGGCGAGCUGGGCUAUCACGUCACAUACUUCGACCUCGAUACCGAGGGCUACCUGCACGAUGACGAUGAGGCCAUUGAGGAGUCCAAGGAGAUUGUCCGGACUAGGUUUGACAAUGCCGACCCGGACACUGAUUCGUUCUUGCACAUCGAGCACGACACCGUGGCUCAUACGGUGUCGACCCUGAUCUCGUACACCAUCAGCCAGCUCUUCGACGCCGGGUUCACACCCGUGACUGUCGGCGAGUGUCUCGGCGACCCGUACGAGUUCUGGUAUCGAAGCCAGGAUGCCGGCUUCCUCAAGCGGGCAGUUGAGGUUGGCCAAGACGUCACUUACAAGCCUACUAAGGAUGGUCGUUGCGGUCCUGCGUUUGGCGAUGCCUCGUGCAUGAACCAGAAGUACGAGAACUGCUGCUCCAGGGCUGGAUGGUGCGGAUCGACUGACGCCCACUGCCUUGACGGUUGCCAGGACAAAUUUGGCCGCUGCGGACUGUUUGGCUAA